AUGUCCCUCCCCCGCGUCUCCCUCUCAUCAUUCCUUUCCUCCGCCAAAAAUGCUCUCCAUGGAGCCAUCAAAACCGGGGAGAAAGUUACAUUUGUAGUGGGUAAUGAAUCUGCUGAUCUCGAUUCCCUCUGCAGCGCCGUACUCCUCGCCUACCUCCGCACCUAUUCCUCGCGUAAUCUUACCAAAGCCCUCUAUAUCCCCCUUUCGAAUCUGCCUGGCGCAGAUCUAGGACUACGACCGGAAUUAAAUCCUAUUUUGGAGAAAGCCAGACUGAAGGUUGGGGAUUUUAUUAGCCUGGAUGAUUUGAAGGGACAGCAGGGCGUGAAGUCGCGACUGGGGGUGGAAAAUACAAAAUGGUUAUUGGUGGAUCAUAAUGCGUUGCAAGGGGAGUUGGGCAGGAUGUAUGGGGGCAGAGUGAGGGGGUGUAUUGAUCAUCAUGCGGAGGAAAACAAGGUUCCUAAGAAGGAGGCUUGUGAGGGAGAGGGGGAAAUGAGGGUUAUUGAGAAGAGCGGAAGUUGUGCGAGCUUGAUUGUUGGGUGGGGGAAGAAUGAUUGGGAGAAGAUGAGCAGGGGAAAGGGACAGGGAGAUGGGGAGGAGGAUCUCAGCAGAUGGGAUGGAGAACUAGCGUAUCUAGCCCUCGGACCCAUACUAAUCGAUACUCAAAACCUCCAAUCCCCCGACAAAACCCAGCAGAGCGACAUCACCGCCGUCCAAUUCCUAGAGGACCUAAUUUCAAAAUCCCCCAACAAAAACUCAACAGCACCAUCAUGGAACCGCGACACCUAUUUCACCUCGAUAUCUUGCGCGAAAGAAGAUAUCGGAGACAUGAGCUUACGCGACAUCCUACGCAAAGAUUACAAAGAAUGGAACGAAGGAGGAAUGACCCUGGGUAUAAGUUCCAUAGUGCAAGAUCUGCAUUUCCUCAUCGCGAAAGCGGGGAGCAAACAAAAGUUCCUAGAGAUAUUGGGGGCGUGGGGAAAAGAGAAGAAGUUGGGUGUUUGUGCGGUGAUGACGACGAGUCAUAGGGAUGGAGUGUUUAGGAGGGAGCUUUUGGUGUGGGGGUUGGGGGAGAAGGGUGUGGCGAGUUUGGAGAAUUUUAAAGGGGAGGGAGAGAGGAAAUUGGGUUUGAAGGUUUGGGGUGAGGGGGUGUUGGACUUGGAUAUGGAUGUGAAUGUGAAUGUGAAUGUGAAUGUGAAUGUGAAUGUGGAUGUGGAUGUGGAUGCGAAUGAGGAAGGGGAGGGGGAGGGGAAAAGGGAGAUGAGAAGUUGUUGGUGGCAGGAAAGGAUUGAGAAUAGUAGAAAGCAGGUCGCUCCUCUUUUGAGGCAAUCGAUGCUUUAA